AUGAAAUCAUCAAUACAAAGGCCGUCGGAUAGUGCCUGGCACAUAGUCAUACCAUAUAAGUGCUCCCUAUAUUAUCACAUGAGCUGGGAGAUGCGGCUUUAUAAACUGCAGCGCCUGAGAAAAUGCUUAGGAAAUGGGCUGAACUUGAGUAAGAACUUGAAAGGUCAGGGGAGAGAUAUUUUAGAUAAGGGAGCAACUGGAGAACAGCAGACACAAGAUGUUAAAGCUCAACCCCCUCAGACAAGCAGACAGCGGAAUGAGAACCAAAUGGCGCAUCAACUCACACAAAUCCCAGUGUUUGCUUUCCAGCUCAGCCACUCCUAA